GGGGGUACCAAUAUCUAUGCCGUUAAUCACACUGGAAACCAUUAUACCUGGUAUUGCUGAUUCUCUAGCAUUUUGCAAUUGGAUAUCCAGCUCGGGAGUCACCCACCAUGAACAAUUGUCUAUCCACCAAUCCGUGCUAGGAGGAACCGGCCUCUUCCUUACUAUGAAUUCCUUAUCAACUAACAAAGACAUCGAGCUAUUGAGAAUUCCAGCUUCCACAACUUACAACUUAGCCAGCUGUAUGUCCAUACUAAAGGAUGUAACCCGGCUAGAAGACUCGUGCGCUGCGUUCGCGUACAGAGAGAGCUCCGUUAUCAAGUUCUUUUUGAAAAAUUUAGCCCCAACGUCGGAGUUAGCAAUUCUUCAGGCGUACUUCCAGGCAUUUGUAAUGCUCAACCAGCUCCAUCGGUGGAUCAAGACCUCCAAGACCGCUCCUAAGGAAUUUGUGGACCUCCUUAACCUGUCUCCCGUACGUAAAGUGGAUCUAUACACUGAGGUGCUAGCCGGCGUCGAGGUUCCGACAAUUGAUUCCGACAAACCUGAGGUGCUACAGCUGGCAUUGCAGGUGUUUGGUAACAAAAGCGUGAUUGCCAAUAUCACCCACGUGUUGUACCAAUCCCAUAUGCAUGCUUCUCUCAUCGAGGCGCUAGCCAAAGACGAAACAUUCAAUGGCAUUGGAGUAGACAUUUUCGACAUUCUUCCUCUCGAGAGAUUUCACCAAAUAAACGCAGCAGUUAAGUCCCGGAUAUUGGAGAUCCCUGAAGAAAUUGAGUCAAAGAGCGAUGACUUUCUGACGAAUGUGACUCUCGUUCCAUUGCUUGACUUUGCGAACCAUAGCAAUGGCGACAAGUUGAAUGCAUACUUUGACAUCGAUAGAGUCUCAGGGGACGUACUCUUAAAGUUUGAUGCAGAAAAGUUGAGCGAUGGGGAAGUGGAGGUGUGCAUAACAUACACCAAAAAUGAAGAUGUCGCAAAGGUAUUUAUGAACUACGGGUUUGUUCCACAGCUCAGUCAGGCUCCCUCGGUGUACGAGCUCUAUUUUGACGAAGAAAUCUUGUUGGGGAUGAAUAUGGAGUACCCGACUGGGCUUCUCAAGUGGUUGAAGGUGAUGCCGUGCGCGCAGGUGAUAGAGACGGAGAGUGGAACUUUGGUGGACCUCCAAGGCGAUUUUUUUCCAGUAUUGUUCUCGGGUUUGAAGUACAAUAUUGACUGGUGCGUUGAGACGUUUGGCGACUUAGAAGCAGUGCAGUACUACGAAUCGGAAUGCGGGGAUGUUGUGCCAAACCUUGUUCAUAAGGCAGUUACAAGAGGCGAUACGUUUAUCAGUUCUGGCGCUGAGCUCUGGGAAACUCUCACGGAAACGGAAAGGGCAGAAUGCGAGAGCAAGUACUCGGAGUUCUUGAAGGUAUACGCGGAGUUGAGAAUAGAUCAGUUGGACAUCUUCCAGAGGAAGCAUCGGAUUUCCACGUUAGUUGAGCACGAACAACGCAUCUUGGGAACUUUUAGAGAAGGGGUGGUAUUCCAUAAAGGUUCGGAAGCUCUUCAGGAAAUGCGUUCCAAACCGGAAGUUGACUUUGAAUUUAUCAGAGAGAAUAUUGAGGUUUACGAGAUAAUCACCGGGGCCGCCAUGUCUGAGGUUGAGACGGAGAGGCAGAUCAGCCAUGAUUAUGAGGUGUUAUGUGAGAUGUUUGGAGAGUUGUAGGGAAAACAAGGCAUAAAAGACAAAUAUAUUCAAAUCCUGUGGACUAAAAC